CAAUAUGGGUAAUUGUAGCCAUCUUAUUUUUUUAGUAAGGCAAAUUUCAAAAUGGCGUCCCUCGCACUAAGAACGGCUGCUUUUCUUCAUGUUAAAAGAGUUAUUUCUAGGCCAGUUGUGCGAUGCAUGGCUGCUGCAAGAGAGGGAGGAGGAAUUGCUGACACUUUUGACCAUGCCACUGGUCUUGAGAAGAAAGAACUGGAAGCAAUAAGAGCAGGAAACCCUGAUCCUUUUGAUUUGCAAGUAAAGCAUUGUUCACCCGGUACAAGGGAUGCCCCCAUUGAAGUUCCAUCAGUUUUUGAAAAAAGAGUUGUAGGCUGUAUCUGUGAAGAAGAAAUGACCCACGUUAAUUGGUUUAACCUUUACAGCGGUGAACCACAGAGGUGUGAAUGCGGUCACUUUUUUAAGUUGACAAAACGCGACCCUAUACAGUAGCCGGCAGAUGUGAACGCUAUUUUCUUCUAAUCGUAUCUCUACAUUUAUAGCUGUGUUGCUGUUUUUACAAUUAUUGUACGUGGUCAAAUGAAAUCAGAAUGAACUUUAAAAUGAAACCAGAAAUUAUCAGAGUUAUAUGUUGGUGUGUUUUACUUCCAGCUCUCAAAUAGUGAAUCUAACAGGCAACUUUAGUUUUUCGACAGACAUGCAGAAUACCAGACUUGUUAAUUCCAUGAUACUCAUGAUUUGCCACUGAAAAAAAAAAAAGAAACUGGAACCACAGUGAUGGAUUGGUUUAUGUACGAGAAUGUUUACCAAUUCUCCUAUCUACUUACAACUCCCUGUCUUUACUUAAAGUUUCUAAAUUUAUUAUGUGAAAGAAUAUUAAUAAUGAACUCAUUAUAGCUGCUUGAAGACAUUAAACAAAUCCAUGGAUUGUCAUUUCCACAAUAUUUUGCCAUUGGAAUAGGAUUUGGUUUACUUACAAGUGUAAAUUAAAAGUGCUGGAUUGAUACACCAAUA